GUUGUUACGCAGUUGUUUUGGGCUAACACGUGUUCAUCCAGUAAAACCUUGAGCACACAUCUUCGUGACCGAAAGUAACCCCUGCGCUCAGAGCGGAUGCAGACUGACUGCGCUAUAAAACCACUAAAAUCCUUCAGAUGCUCCUUCAAACCAGAGCCAUCGGCGCGUCACUGUCCCGGUGAGGAUUAUAGCGCUUUUUUAACAGGAUUACGACGAAUGUCCAUCAGAAAGACAUUAGCGCUGUCUGGGUAGUUGAGAGCUGAGAGUGAAGCGGGACCUGGGUAGAGAUGUCCGUUUCUACUCAGCUGGGUCUGCUGCUGUGGAAGAACUUUACCUACAGAAGAAGACAAACACUACAACUGCUGACGGAGAUUGUGUGGCCUCUAUUUAUUUUCUUCAUCUUGAUUGCUGUGAGGUUGAACUACCCACCUUAUGAACAACAUGAAUGUCACUUUCCCAACAAAGCCAUGCCCUCAGCUGGCACCCUGCCCUGGCUCCAGGGCAUUGUCUGUAAUGCCAACAAUCCCUGCUUCCGACACCCAACCCCUGGGGAAUCUCCAGGAGUUGUUGGGAACUUCAAUGACUCCAUAAUCUCACGUCUGUUUUCUGAUGCCAAGAAGAUUUUGCUGUACAGUCAGAAUGACAGGAGCUUAGAUGGAUUCAAUGAGCUUAUCAGUGCUGUAAAAGACAUGCAACUGGGGUCGGCCGGUUUCAAGCUGAAGGACUUCCUACGGGAAAAUGAGACCCUGUCCGCGUUCCUCCGGGAGAACGCCUCCUUUACCCAGCAUUCUGUAAAGCACAUUCUGGAAGCACAGGUGAAUCUGGAAAAGGUCCUGAUCAAAGGUUUUGGUGUCCAUCUGAAAGAAAUGUGCAGAUCCGCCAAGCUUGAAGAUUUUGUGACCAUCUCGGAUGAGGAGGUGGCUAGACGCACACAGGACAUCAUCUGCUCAUCUUCCAGCACCUGGUUAGACCAGGCUGAGAGUCACUUUAAGUCCAACCUGGACUUCAUUAAACCUCUAAGGCCAGAUGUGAGGAUUAACGCCAGCGAUGUCCGUCAAGUUUCUAAAGCCACAGACAACCUUCUGGAAAGUUUGGGAUCACUGGCUGCAGAGCUGGCUAGUAUGAGAAGCUUGAGCGAUCUACGAAAUGAGAUCUUGUUUCUGACGGAAAACGCCACGGGUUCGCCCAGUAUGAUGUACCAGGCUGUGUCUCGCAUCGUCUGUGGACACCCGGAGGGCGGCGGCCUUAAGAUCAAAUCCCUCAACUGGUACGAGGACAGCAACUUCCAGGCACUGUUCGGCAGUCACAACAACAGCGAUGAUGAGCCGGUGACUGUUUACGACAACACCUCCACUCCAUAUUGCAACAACAUGAUGAGGAACAUGGAAACCAACCCCAUCUCUCGUAUGAUCUGGAGAGCCUUAAAACCCCUUCUGAUGGGGAAGAUUCUUUACACUCCACAUACACCUGCAACACAGAAGAUCAUUCAUGAGGUUAAUAAGACAUUUCAGGAGCUCGGAAUUCUUAGAGAUUUAGGUGGAAUGUGGGAAGAAACCAGGCCAAAGGUUUGGAACUUUAUGGAGAACAGUGAAGAAAUGGAUCUAAUGCGGACUCUUCUACGAAACAACGUCACUGCGAAUUUCUUCAGUGAUAAGUUGGCCGGUACACAGUGGAGUGUGGAGGAUGUUGUAAGCUUCUUGUCCAAGCAUUCUGAAGACACACGACCCCAUGGAACGGCAUUCACGUGGAGGGAUGUCUUCAACGAGACUGACCAGGCCAUUAUGAGCAUAUCCCGUUUCAUGGAGUGUGUAAAUUUGGAUAAACUGGAACCAGUGAGCACAGAAGAGAAACUGUUGAACGAAUCCAUAAGUCUGCUGGAUAACAGAAAGUUCUGGGCUGGAAUUGUGUUUCUCGACAUACCCCCCAACAGUUCAGAGCUCCCUCCACAAGUCAAUUACAAGAUCCGCAUGGACAUCGACAAUGUGGAACGCACAAACAAGAUUAAAGACGGGUAUUGGGACCCUGGUCCCAGGGCUGACCCGUUUGAAGAUCUCCGGUACAUUUGGGGAGGAUUUUCAUACCUUCAGGAUGUUAUCGAACACAGUAUUAUCAGAGCACUUACUGGGACAAAAGAGAAGACUGGUGUCUACAUCCAACAGAUGCCAUACCCAUGCUAUGUAGAUGACAUUUUUCUCCGGAUUAUGAGUCGAUCCAUGCCUCUCUUCAUGACUCUGGCCUGGAUGUACUCGGUGGCUAUCAUCAUCAAAGGUGUCGUCUAUGAGAAGGAGGCCCGGCUCAAGGAGACCAUGAGAAUUAUGGGAUUGGACAAUGGAAUCUUGUGGUUCAGCUGGUUCAUAAGUAGUCUGAUUCCUCUACUGGUCAGUGCAGGACUGCUGGUUCUUCUUCUCAAGAUGGGUAAUCUCCUGCCAUACAGUGACCCCGGCGUUGUCUUCCUCUUCCUCGCAUCAUUUGCCGUCGUAACCAUCAUGCAGUGCUUCCUCAUCAGUACGGCGUUCGCUCGCGCCAACCUGGCAGCCGCCUGCGGGGGCAUCAUAUACUUCACCCUUUAUCUGCCUUAUGUACUCUGCGUGGCCUGGCAAGACUAUGUGGGCUUCACUGCCAAAGUCAUCGCUAGCUUGCUGUCUCCAGUGGCGUUUGGCUUUGGUUGUGAGUAUUUCGCUCUGUUUGAGGAACAGGGGAUUGGCAUUCAAUGGAACAACCUCUUCUCCAGCCCCAUGGAAGAAGAUGACUACAACCUCACCAACUGCCUCAUACUCAUGUACUUUGAUGCCUUCUUGUACGGCGUCAUGACCUGGUACAUAGAGGCCGUGUUCCCGGGACAGUACGGCAUUCCCAGGCCCUGGUACUUCCCGUUCACUAAAUCCUACUGGUUUGGAGAGAACAACACAAAGAAUACCACUGUACAUGGAAAGAAGGGCAAUUCUGGAGCCGUUUGCAUUGAAGAGGAACCCACUCACCUUGAGCUUGGAGUUUACAUUGAGAAUCUAGUGAAGGUGUAUCGUCACGGCAGGAAGUUGGCGGUGGACGGUUUGACGCUCGGCUUCUAUGAGGGUCAGAUAACCUCAUUCCUCGGCCACAACGGCGCUGGAAAAACCACCACAAUGUCGAUUCUGACUGGCCUCUUUCCUCCGACCUCUGGCACCGCUUACAUCAUGGGCAAAGACAUCCGCUCAGAGCUGAGCUCCAUCAGACAGAGCCUCGGUGUGUGUCCACAACACAACGUCCUCUUCAGCAUGUUGACCGUGGAGGAGCACAUCUGGUUCUACGCUCGUCUGAAGGGUCUGUCAGAGGAGGAGGUGAAGGCUGAGAUGGAGCAGAUCUUGGGCGACACCGGCCUUCCACAUAAACGCAAAUCGAGGACAAGCCAGUUGUCAGGUGGUAUGCAAAGGAAACUCUCCGUAGCCCUUGCGUUCGUUGGUGGGUCAAAGGUCGUCAUUCUGGACGAGCCGACAGCCGGUGUGGACCCGUAUGCUCGCAGAGGCAUCUGGGACCUUCUUCUUAAGUAUCGUGCAGGUCGUACCAUCCUCCUUUCCACCCAUCACAUGGAUGAGGCGGACAUUCUGGGCGAUCGCAUUGCCAUCAUCUCCCAUGGAAAGCUUUGCUGCGUGGGCUCCUCUCUCUUUCUGAAGACGCAUCUGGGAACGGGAUACUAUCUUACUCUGGUGAAGAAGAACGCAGAAGCUUCUCUCAGCUCCUGCAGAAACUCAAGCAGCACUGUGUCUUUUGUUAAGAAAGAAGACGAUACAUCAGAGAGCAGUUCAGAUGCUGGUCUUGGAAGCGACCAGGAGAGCGAAGCCGCCACAGCGAUUGGAACUACGUGGCCUGAAUCUCCCGUCGUUCCUGUAGAUGUGUCCCUCAUCACCAGUCUGAUCCUCAAGCACGUUACUGCUGCCCGAAUGGUGGAGGAUCUUGGUCACGAGAUCACAUAUGUGUUGCCGUACGAGUCUGCCAAAAAUGGUGCUUUUGUUAAACUCUUCCACGACCUGGAUGACCGCCUCGCUGACCUGGGCAUUUCAAGCUAUGGAGUGUCAGAUACCACACUUGAAGAGAUUUUCCUUAAAGUGGCAGAAGAUAGCGGGGUUGACACAGAAAUCUCCGAUGGAACUCUGCCGAUACGCAGACGCAGACAACAUGCAUUUGGUGCGGACCAUCAGAGCUGCCUCAAACCCCUGACUGAAGAUGACAAUUCUGACAGCAAUGAUUCUGAUGCUGACCCAGAAUCCAAAGAGUCCGAUCAUUUGAGUGUUGCUGAUGGUAAAGGAUCAUAUCAAGUGAAAGGCUGGAGUCUAAAGAGGCAGCAGUUUGUGGCUUUAUUAUGGAAGAGAUUUCUUUACGCUCGUCGGUCAAGGAAAGGCUUCUUUGCGCAGAUUGUACUUCCUGCUGUGUUUGUGUGCAUCGCGCUUGUUUUCAGUCUUAUUGUUCCCCCUUUUGGAAAAUAUCCCAGUCUGGCUCUGAAUCCAUGGAUGUAUGAGGAGCAAUUCACAUUCAUCAGUGAUGAUGCACCUGAUGACAUAAGCACACAAAAAUUACUCGGCGCUUUAAUGGAUGACCCUGGUUUUGGAACACGAUGCAUGGAAGGUGAACCCGUUCCUGACGCACCUUGUACGAUGGGAGAUGAGGACUGGUCCACUCCAGACCUUCCAGAGAGCGUUUCUGACAUUUUCCGGACGUCAAACUGGACCAUGGACAAUCCGUCUCCUGCUUGUGAGUGCAGCCGUGAUGGCAAGAAGAAGAUGCUCCCAGAAUGCCCCGCAGGGGCCGGUGGACUUUCACCUCCACAGAUUAAGAUCAGCCAAAUGGAUACACUCCAAAAUCUGACAGGGCGAAACAUCUCAGACUACCUCGUGAAAACCUACGUGCAGAUCAUUGGGAAAAGCUUGAAGAACAAAAUCUGGGUGAACGAAUUCAGGUACGGAGGAUUUUCACUGGGUGCGAGAAGCACUCAGGUCCUUCCGCCCGCUGAAGAGAUCGAUGAUGCAAUCUCUCGGGUCAGGCAGAUCUUUCAGCUGAAGAAGAACUCAGGCUCUGCAGCCGAUCGUUUCUUGAGCAGUCUGUCUUCCUUUAUCAAUGGGCUGGACACCAAAAAUAAUGUCAAGAUAUGGUUCAAUAACAAGGGCUGGCACAGUAUUGGAGCUUUUCUAAAUGUUAUGAACAACGGUAUCUUGCGUGCCAACUUACCACCUGGUAAAGACCCCCGUCAGUUUGGCAUCACUGCAUUUAACCAUCCGCUCAAUCUGACCAAAGAGCAGCUCUCUCAAGUCGCACUAAUGACUACCUCUGUGGAUGUGUUGGUGUCCAUCUGCGUGAUCUUCGCCAUGUCCUUCGUUCCUGCCAGCUUCGUGGUCUUCCUCAUUCAGGAGCGAGUGAAUAAGGCCAAGCACAUGCAGUUUAUCAGUGGAGUUCAACCGUACCUUUACUGGCAGGCCAACUUUCUCUGGGAUAUGUGCAAUUACGUUGUUCCCGCUACUCUAGUCAUCUUGAUCUUUGUCUGCUUCCAACAAAAAUCAUACGUGUCUGCCACCAACCUGCCCGUUCUUGCUCUUCUCCUGCUUCUCUAUGGAUUUUCCAUUACUCCUCUCAUGUACCCAGCGUCCUUCUUAUUCAAAAUCCCCAGCACAGCUUACGUGGUUCUCACAAGAGUCAACAUUCUCAUUGGGAUCAACGGCAGCAUCUCUACUUUCGUAAUGGAGCUGUUUGGAAAUAACGAGAUUGGUGGCAUUAAUGACAUCCUGAAGAACGUUUUAUUGAUCUUCCCCCAUUUUUGCCUCGGGCGAGGUCUCAUUGACAUGGUGAAGAACCAAGCCAUGGCUGACGCCAUGGAGAGAUUUGGUGAGGACCGUUUCCGUUCUCCGCUGGAGUGGGACAUGGUGGGCAAGAAUUUAUUUGCCAUGGCGGUUGAAGGAGUCGUCUUCUUCAUCUUCACUGUCCUCAUCCAAUACCGUUUCUUCUUUAAACCAAAGUCUUUUAGUGCCAAGCUGAGUCCGAUUGGAGAAGAAGAUGAGGAUGUUGCCAGAGAGAGGCAGAGGAUUGUCAGCGGAGCUGGUCAAGGAGACAUUCUGGAACUUCGACAACUCACUAAGGUGUAUAAGAGGAAGGAGAAACCUGCUGUGGAUCGUCUCUGUGUAGGCAUUCCUCCAGGAGAGUGUUUUGGUCUCCUCGGGGUCAACGGAGCUGGAAAAACAAGUACUUUUAAAAUGCUGACGGGUGAUUCUAUGGUCACUAAAGGUGAAGCUUUCUUAGCAGGGAAGAGUAUUCUCAGAGAAAUUGAUGAAGUUCAUCAGAAUAUGGGCUACUGCCCUCAGUUUGAUGCCAUUAAUGACCUCCUAACCGGACGAGAACACCUGGAAUUCUAUGCUAUUCUGCGUGGCGUACCCGAGGAGGAAGUUUGUGAGGUGGCCGAAUGGGGAAUCCGCAAACUGGGUCUCGUGAAGUAUGUGGACAAAAACGCCGGAAGCUACAGCGGUGGCAACAUGCGCAAACUCUCCACAGCCAUAUCUCUCAUAGGAGCUCCUCCAGUGGUCUUCCUGGAUGAGCCCACCACAGGCAUGGACCCCAAAGCCCGGCGGGCGUUGUGGGACUGCAUCCACAGUGUCAUCAAAGAGGGCCGCUCUGUUGUGCUUACCUCACAUAGCAUGGAGGAAUGUGAAGCUCUGUGCACUAGAAUGGCCAUCAUGGUGAAUGGCCGGUUCCGCUGUCUGGGCAGCGUCCAACACCUGAAGAACAGAUUUGGUGAUGGGUACACCAUCAUUCUGAGGGUCGCCGGUCCAGAUCCUGACCUUCAGCCUGUAAUGAAGUUUAUCGAGAGCGAGCUACCCGGCAGCACUUUGAAAGAGAAACAUCGAAACAUGCUCCAGUACCAGCUCUCCUCUUCCCUCACGUCCCUCGCUCACAUCUUCAGCAUCCUCGCUAAGAACAAAGAGUUUCUCAGGAUAGAAGAUUAUUCUGUGUCCCAGACCACUCUGGACCAGGUGUUUGUUAACUUUGCCAAAGACCAAAGUGACGAUCACUGCGACAACUCCAUUCGUCGUAAAGAGACGGGGGUUAACAUGGCAUUACUGAACCCACUGUCUCAUGUAGAGAAUAUGGAGAAGCCAAAAGAAAGCUUUGUGUGAGCUGGGAUUUCUCUUUACACUACAAGCUAAACUGGAGCCAAUGGAUUCCACACAUUUCACAAUGUUUUUGUGGCCUUUGUGCUGCACUCUGCCAGUCCGACCUCCAUCUGAAGAUAAAGUCCUUGGGUCAGCUGAGAGGCAGAGGCCGCAGCCAGGAUACUCAAUGCAAGGCAAUGCAGAAAAUAAUAGACUUCUUGAGUUUUUAGCAUGGCUGUGUGCGAGACACGCAGUGUUAAACUUGAAAACCUGCCAUUAUUUCUUUUGAUGCAAACUGCACACAGACUGUAUUUUGCGCAGUUGUUGGCAGAGAUGUGACCGAUGAUGAUUCAGGCCCAUGGGAAAAUGCCAAUGAUCAAGAAUUCAGGGUCAGUGUCUUUGUAUUUUAUUUUCUUAAGAUUAGAAAGCUGAAAAAUGUCAUGCUGAAGAAUCACAAUCAUUUGCGUGGCCCAGGGCUAAACUGCAAAUUGUACCAUGGUAAAUAGAUUUUGCUUGUUAUGUCUUUAUUUAUAAGUCAGAAGUUGUUUUAGAUGUUUUUAAAAGUGUUUUUAAAAAAGGGGCAUUAUUUAAUACUAUCAAAGAGUGCCUCGCUGCAAUCAGAAUCUAUGAGAGAAGUGAUUAUUGAUUUUAUAGGGUUUUUUAAUAAAAAAAAAGGUUUAGAUGAGUAAGCUUUACACACUAUGUAACAAAUACCUCGACUGACACUGUAUUACAUCGUAUUGGACACUCCAGAAGUCGUUGGAAGGAAAUUAAAGACGUGAUGUGCCUUCUUUAGAUAAAGCACACCUGGUAUGUCCUUCACACAGAUGAAGAACAAAGUCUUACUGGUCUUCCAGUGGCCAAAACCACGUUAAAAUCUUCAGAUCAAACCAGCCUGGCCAUUGGAAACCACCUUAGCCCGGAAUAAUGUUUUUCAACAGGACAGUAGAAUUCUGCCUUGAUCUUUUUUAUUUCCGCUGUGUUGUAAGAAGCCGUUCAGUACAGUAAGUGUGAUCUUUCCGUUAUUAUUUUGGAACAGGCAACAGUGAUGCCUUUUGUCCAAGCACUUUACUUGAUAUGUUAAUUGGAAUUAAUUUAAUUGGAAAAUGUAUUUUGCACUGGAUUUUCCACAGACAAAGUAUUGACGUUUUUCUUUCGACCUAAAUGACAGAACAAACCAAACCCUAAAAAGACAAAAGUCUUACAUUAAUAUUCAUUUCAUACCUGUUUACAUUUCAAAUGUUUGGCCGUGGGAUGUCUGUUACUCACCUUGUACACUUACUGUAUUUACUUACACAAUAAAAACAUGCCACUUCUACAAA